AUGCAAAGCAACCAGACCUGCUCCAAUCACAAUAUAACGUUCAAAAACAGCCUUUACGCAACCACUUACACCAUCAUCUUCAUCCCCGGCCUCCUGGCAAACAGCGCAGCCCUGUGGGUCUUGUGCCGCUUCAUCAGCAAGAAGAACAAAGCCGUCAUCUUCAUGAUCAACCUGGCCAUGGCAGACCUGGCUCACGUCCUCUCGCUGCCACUGCGAAUAUACUAUUAUAUUAACUCCACGUGGCCUUUUGGGAGAUUCCUUUGCUUACUGUGUUUCUACCUGAAGUACCUCAACAUGUAUGCCAGCAUUUGUUUCCUCACCUGCAUCAGCAUUCAGAGGUAUUUCUUCCUGUAUCAGCCGUUCAAAGCCAAGGACUGGAAGCGGCGGUACGACGUAGCCAUCAGCGCUGUGGUGUGGCUCUUUGUUGGGGCGGCAUGCUUGCCAUUCCCCAUCAUGCGGAGCUACGGCCUGGCCAAAACCACAAAUACCUGCUUUGCAGACCUCCAAGUCUGGCAGAUCGACAGCAAGGUGGCCACCGUGGUGAUGACAGGCACGGCGGAGCUCUUCGGUUUCAUUGGCCCGCUCAUCAUUAUUUUACUCUGUACUUGGAAAACAAAAGACUCUCUUCGGGGCUUCCAGAUACCGCUGCAAAACAGCAGUGAGAGGAGGAAGGCUUUAAGGAUGGUUUCUAUGUGUGCCAUUGUGUUCUGCGUGUGUUUUGCACCCUACCACAUCAACUUCUUUUUCUACAUGUUGGUGAAAGAACAUGUCAUUACAGACUGCUUCCUGAGUGCCAUCACGCUCUACACCCAACCCUUUUGCUUAAGUCUUGCAAGUCUGGACUGCUGUUUGGAUCCAAUUCUGUAUUUCUUUAUGACUUCAGAGUUCCAGGACCAGAUAUCAAGGCACAGCAGCAUGGUCAUCAGGAGUCGGCUCAUGAGCAAAGAGAGUGCCUCAUCAAUUAAGGAAUGACAAGAAAGCCAGCUUAAAAGAAUGAAGAUAUUUCAUAUGGAAUCUGGGACUGUUCUGUGA